UGUGCUGAUGAUUGCAGACGAAAUACAAACUAGGUUAGCAAGAACAGGGAAGAUACUGGCUUGUGACUGGGAAGAAGUUCGCCCAGAUGUUGUGAUACUAGGGAAAGCAUUGGGUGGAGGAGUUUUUCCUGUGAGUGCAGUUCUUGCAGACAAGGAUGUAAUGCUUUGUAUAAAACCAGGAGAGCAUGGAAGUACCUUUGGCGGGAAUCCAUUGGCCAGUGCUGAACUUCUUAAAUCCUAUGAUUAUAAAGUUUUACCUAAAGGAGCUAAAGCUACUGUCUCUCUAUGGUUCAGUUGCAUUUGAUGAAGAUUUUGAAGCUCAACUAG